ACAUGGCCGUGGCAUGUUAUGAUGUCAUACGAGAAACUCUGGAUAAUUUACAGAUACAUAGCGCUCUUCAUCCGUUUCGCAUGCUGUUGAAGACCCUGAAAUUUACUGUCUCAAGUGCAUUACUUGUUGGAGUCGGAUUUAGUCUAAACAUAGGUCAUUUCCAUGCACGAGCUGUAGAUUAUGAGACAAGCUCAUGUCGGCAACUACUCUAUCUAAUAGGCUUUGAGGACAUGGGUCUGCCAAGCCGUGAGCUGUACCUUGUAGACCUCCAAUCGAAUGUUCCAACAUUACAGACAUUUUGUUUAGUAGCAGAUGAGAAGCUAUCAGUGCUGCCGUGCCCAAAUAUAGAAGAGCUAAGGGAACUUGGACAUAACAAUCGGCUUUUGAUUGCUCACCUUGCAUACAAUUUUCGAUCACGUAUCGAGUUAUUGAUUGCACGUACUCCUGAUGCUAUGAAGAAUUUAAUCGAGGAAGAUAUUCUAAACGCUAUUGAAUGUGUUGACUACCUAGCUGAUCAAGUGGGUGUCAUGCAAGAAACAUCACAACACUAUCAUAUGUGGAAACAGGUGAAAGAAGACAUGUAUAAGGUCUUAAUUACUAGGGAAGCUAACUGGUCAGAUUCAUGUGUUGCGCACACAUUAAUGGAGAUUGGCAAGUCUAUUCUUAUGGAAUUGGAUGUGAAGUUUGAACUGACUCUUUCCCAGAUAUUUCUACAUUCAUAUGCUAUUGGGUUGGUUGUAUCUCACAUUCUUGGGGGAAACACAUUGGAACCUGAUAUUGCCAUGCUUUACAUUAGAGCUUCUAGUAACAUUCCUUUCGGAUACUUUUCUCAACGUUAUACAAGAUCUGUAGACAAUGUAAAUACACUGUUGAUACAGCUAGUGGAGAAAGGUUUGGAUGUGUCUGAACUGAAUACUGUAUGUGACAUUACAGCAUGGCAAUCUCAAUUCUUUAUCUUUCAUGUGGUGUUCGUUGAAGAUGAUUCAGCUGUUGGAGCAGGCCCAUCACAACAACAUUUAUAUGAAUGCAUACACAGAGAGGUACAAGUUGAUGCACAAGCUCAUAAUGAAAAACCCUUCCACUCUGUGGUAGCACCUAUAGCAUUGCAGCAAUCUCAGCAAGCUGAAAUAGAAGUGCCUGAAAUUACUACUGACUCUGUGUCUGAUGUCAACAAGGCAGGAGAGAAGGCAGAUCAGGAAGAAAAUGAGAACCAAUACCAAAGACUACCUGUUUCACUGUUGCCAGAUCAACUACAUCAAUCACAUGCUGUGGAAAGCCUUGAUGUUGUUGCAAUGAAUGGACUUUACAAAAAUACAGUAGAGGUACAGUCAGAUUUAGCCCUCGAUGCUUCGAGAAACGUAGAUGAAUCAGGGCUUGUUCAAAAUGGUGUUGCUCGAUCUUUAUCUAUAGCAGCCUUAAGACAACAGUUACAACAUUCAGAGUCAGCUGCUGAUUUUAAGCAGCAAAUGUCUAGAGUUAACGAGUUUAUUGAUGAUGUGGACAAGACAUGCACACAACUUACUCGGGAUUUGAAGGAACUGCAUGAUGCAUUGUCUAUAAUAUCCAGUUCUGUUGUCACAGAAGUCCUGGAAGAAACUGUAAUCGAAAAGAGACAACAAUUGGCAGAAGACAGGAGUGCAUUACAUUCUCUCUUUCAGCUAAGACAGGAAAUGGCUGGCCAUCAAAGAAUGCUGGUGGUAGCUUCUUUGUCGUCAGUAUCUGUAGCCUUUGGCCAACAGAAGUUGGGGGAGAUCCUGGAAUCAGCUCGCACCGAUCAAAUGGUUCUCGGUAAAUUGACAGCUUGUGCAAUAGACAUGAUACCUGUACAGAUGGUGGAGAGUCUGUGUUGUGAAUUGGCAUCGUUUGACUAUUUGCACCCAGUAAACAAAUUCUGUCAACAAACUUUAGUUAUGAAAUUAUCAAAGAGACUUACUGAUAAUUAACAGAUUGUUUCGUAGAGCUAUGAUUUCUAAGAUUCUUAUUCUUUUAAUUAAUUAAAGCUACAAAUAGAAACAAA